AUUGGAAAUAUUUUUAAAGGAAAUGACGCAAUCUAUGAGCUGACAAAGAACAAGGACCAGGAACUCCGGGUUGAGCUACAAGAUUUUGAUGGCGAUGAAGCAUACGCUCAGUACUCUACAUUUUAUGUCGGUGAUGAAAGUAGUAAAUACAAACUCACUGUUUCUGGAUAUUCAGGAACAGCAGGUGACAGUUUGAAUUAUAGCAAUAAUUUAAGAUUCAGCACUAAAGAUCAGGAUAAUGACGGGGAGAGUAGGAACUGUCCUUCAUUUUAUCAUGGAGCCUGGUGGUAUCUGAAUUGUGCCUGGUCGAACCUAAACGCAGAAUACGCCCGUUCUGCUGUGACUGGUGAUAAAUACAUGCAUUGGUAUCACUGGAAGCAAAUAACAGAAGCACUAAAAACACUGUGA